UCCUCGCCCGCUCGCUUUCUUCGUCUGGCUGUGGGUUCUGGCGAGUUUUUAAUUUUCGGGGUUAAUUUUUUCUUUUUCUUUUCGUCAUUUUUUGGUGGUUGGCUCUCCGUCCUUGCCCCUCCGGGAAGUGCUCCACCAACCGCCUCUCGCCCCGCCAUCCCUCCCCAUGUGCCCGGGGCCGCGGGCAGCUCCGCGGCGCGCACCCGGGAGCUGAGCUGCGGAGCGGCGCGUCCCCUCCUCGGUCAGGAUGUACACGGCCGGGCUGGCUCCUUUCUACGCCUCCAACUUCAGCUUGUGGUCAGCGGCGUAUUGCUCUGCUUCGGGGCCGGCGGCCGGCGGCUGCUUCCCGCUGGACGCCGCGGCGGCGAAGAAGCCGUCCUUCUGCAUCGCCGACAUCCUCCACGCCGGCGGCGAGGCGGCGGCAGGAGCUGCCGACAGCCUGCCCGGAGGGCCCGGCACCGGGAUGCCGGCCGCGCUGGGAGCCGUGCACCACGGUGGUCCCUUCCACGCCACGGCCUCUCCGCUCCGGCCCACGCCCGUUGUGGCCCCCGACGCCCCCGCCGCCGCCGCCUUCCCGCCGCGCCUCUCGCCGCUCUCCGCCGCCUACCACUCCCACCACCACCGCCCUCCGCAGCACCGGUCCCCCGCGGCGGCGGCGGCGGGCGGCGGAGGCGCCCCGGCCCCCGCCCGGCUGCCCGGCGGCCACACGCACGGCUCGGCGCCGGCGCCCGCCAGCAAGGACCUGAAAUUCGGCAUCGACCGCAUUUUAUCGGCGGAGUUUGACCCCAAAGUCAAGGAAGGCAACACGCUGAGAGAUCUGACCUCCUUAUUAACUACGAGCCGCCAAACUGGGGUUCAUCUCCCCACCUUGCAGCCUUCCGCCGGCCAGUUCUUCGCGUCUCUAGACCCCAUUAACGAGGCCUCUGCUAUCCUGGGUCCCUUAAACACAAACCCAAGGAGCUCAGUGCAGCACCAGUUUCAAGACACUUUUCCAGGUCCGUAUGCAGUUCUAACCAAGGACACGCUGCCCCAGACGUACAAGAGGAAACGCUCCUGGUCCAGGGCUGUUUUUUCUAACCUGCAGAGGAAAGGUUUAGAAAAACGGUUCGAAAUCCAGAAGUAUGUCACCAAACCGGACAGGAAGCAGCUGGCGGCGAUGCUGGGGCUGACAGAUGCUCAAGUGAAGGUGUGGUUCCAGAACCGGCGGAUGAAGUGGCGGCACUCCAAGGAAGCGCAGGCCCAGAAGGACAAAGAGCCGCCGCCGGAGCCGGAGCCGGCGGCCCAGCGAGCCGGCGCACCGCCCGCCGACCCCGGGGAGCCCGAGCGCAGCCCCAGCCGCUCCGAAGGCGACAGCGACAGCAGCGACGCUGAGUCCCUCGACAUGGCCCCCAGCGACACGGAACGGACUGAGGGCGCCGAGCGGAGCCUGCCCGCCGCCGGGCUGGGCAAGUCCUCCGGCAGCACCGGCCUGCCAUCCCCGCCGCCCGCCGCCGCCAGCCCCGAGCCGCGGAGCGGUCUAUAGUCGGGGCGGCCCGGGACCUGUGCGCUAAUUUAUCUCCCUUCCCCCGCCCCGGGAGCGCGGCAAGGCCGGCCCAGCACCGGCCCCGGCCCCGGCCCGCUCCCGCCUGUGGCCAGCGCCCGGCCCGGCCCGGGGCGAGGGGCCGAGGACGCAGGAGGAGCGGGGAGCCCCAGCCCCGGGGCGGCAGAGCCUUUCCCUCAGAGCUGCUCGCAGGAGACCGGGGGAUUUUUCCUUUUUUUUUUUUUUUUUUUUUUUUUCCUUUUUUUUUUUUCCUUUUUUUUUUUUUUUAAUUUUAAUUCUCCGUUUCCCGCCCCUCGUUCUCUCCAGGAAAAUCCGAGCGAGGGACUGCGAGAAUGCUCUCUGAAAUCCCCACCUUUCCCCGCCCCACCCCCCAAACAAUUUACAAUGUGAAGUAUUUUGCCAACGUCCUCAUUGGUUGCAACUCGUUGCUUCGAAUAAUCCGGCCAAGAAAUACUGCACUGACAAAAUAUAUAAAUAUAUAUAUAUAUAUAACUCCUGUAAAUAAAAUGUUUGCUAUGGUUUGUAGCCACGUCAGUCUUUUGACCAGGGGCGAGGGCUGGCGUGGCUGCCCCAG